AUGGCCAUAGCUCGGUUGGUUCGUCAAGCGAAACGCCCUCAUGGGUUGUGGGUGAAGAUGGCAGCUGUUACUGUAUUGGGUCUCUGUUUCAUCUUUGUGUGGGGAGUGUUUUCUUCUUCUUCUUCCUCUGUCACUUCCCAAAGGGAGAGUUUUGAGGACAUUGCGGAACCGGUGUCCUCUUCCUCUCACAAGCCGCAAAAGUUGAGAGAUGAAUCUAAAAAGGGUGGUGCGAAUGAGAAAAAGAGUAAGAGUAAAGGUAACGGGUCUUCUCACUCUUCUACCACGCGUCCUCACUCUGAACAACACAAGGGAAAGGACAACAAGAAAGAAAAGAAGCACGUGGAUAAGGAGGACAAGGAGAAAGGGAAUCAUCAACGGUCAGAGGAUCCUCAACCCCAACAUGGCCAGGAAGAGAGAGACAAGGAGAAAGAGAAAGAGGAGGUUGUGGUGGAGGUGGAGGGUGAAGAAGAGAAAGUGGAUCAUGAGAGUGAAGUGGAUGUGGAUGCUGAUGGUGGCAGUGAUUUGGCUGAAUCUGUGGAUAGGGAUGAUUCUGAGGUGGUGGAAGAUGUGGAGGAGUUGAGAAAAAAAAGCAAGGGAAAGGCGAAAGGACCCUUGUUUGAUCCAAAGGCUAGCUAUAGCUGGAGAUUGUGUAGUUCUAGAAGCAAGCAUAAUUACAUUCCCUGCAUUGAUAUUGAAAUUGGUGGUGGAAAAGUAACAAGCUACCGGCACACAGAGAGGAGUUGUCCUAGGACACCCCUCAUGUGUCUGGUUCCUCUUCCUCAUGAAGGGUACGGAUCUCCACUGCCGUGGCCUGAGAGCAAAUUGAAGAUAUUGUAUAAGAAUGUUGCACACCCGAAACUAGCUGCCUACAUAAAAAGGCACAGUUGGCUGAUGGAGUCUGAAGAGUUUCUUACUUUUCCCCAAAACCAGUCGGAGUUCAAGGGAGGGAUUCAUCACUAUCUUGAGUCCAUUGAAGAGAUGGUACCAGACAUUGAAUGGGGUAAAAACAUUCGUGUUGUCCUGGAUGUUGGAUGUACAGAUUCGAGCUUUGCAGCUGCUCUCCUUGAUAAGGAGGUUUUAACAUUAUCACUAGGCUUGAAGAAUGACCUAGUGGACUUAGCUCAGGUGGCACUUGAACGGGGUUUCCCAGCAGUAAUUAGUCCUUUCAAUAGAAGGAGGCUUCCUUUUCCCAGUCAAGUUUUUGAUGCUAUACAUUGUGCAGGUUGCAGCAUACCUUGGCAUUCCAAUGGUGGAAAGCUUCUCUUGGAGAUGAAUAGGAUUCUAAGACCUGGUGGAUACUUUAUUAUGUCAACUAAGCAUGACAGUAUUGAAGAAGAAGAAGGUUUGUGUGUUCCAUAUCGAUUACGCUUAACUGUUGGAGAUGAGAUCCACGUUGCCUUUCAGCAGAAAAUGUUGAAAGACGUUAUGAGAUCUUGCAAUUUUUGUGUGGAUAUGAACCAUGCUCUGCAUUAUUUAGUACAUGACAACUGA